AUGUCGCAAUUUGGCCAAGGACUUGUGGCAUUUGGGCCAAUUGUUGGCAGGUCUUGCAGUUUAUUCACGAAACUGGGCCAUCGCAGCGUUUCUCACGUAAAAUCGCAUAUCAUCAAAGGUAUACCGUUUGAAAAGAUCAGAGCACAAAAGACCGAAUGGUAUAAGAAGGCUGAGGCUGCGUUUCUGGCCGAGAGGGCCAAGAUACCACAGGGAUACGUUGGACGCUGGAAACACGACGAUCUGUCCAAUUUGGACCCUAAAAUCGCACAAGCGCUAAGCCUAAGAUGUGCUAGUGGACGGGAAUUGCGCAGAGCGCGCACAAUGUUGAUCAUGAAACACCUGCAGAAGCAGCCGUUUGACACUGGCAGUACUCCCGUUCAACUUGGAUGCAUAUCUGAAAAGGUCCUGAACCUGCGGGCUCAUUUGAUUCGUCACCCGAAAGAUAACGGCAGGAAGAGAGCAAUGGCAAUUCUGCUAAGCAAGAGGCACCGACUAAUGAAGAGACUCUAUAAUGAAGAUUUUGAGCUUUACCAACAUGUUUGCAAGGUUUUAAGUAAGUUUAUUGCGUAG